GUGACAUAACCUUUGAAUCAGUCAUGCAUUUCCGAUAAUAUACGAGAAAGGAAUUAGCUAAAUAAUGAUAUUUGUUUGCCAUAUAUUAUUUCUAGUCAAAUAGAUUAAGUGCGGAUGCAUUAUAAUGAAUUCUCAUUUAAUAAAGUUUAUACGAAGGUACAAACAGUGGACUCACAAAUAUUUUUAUUCUACGCAAGUUUUGGGUAGCAACAAUGUGGAUAAAAUUCGAAAUAUCGGUAUUUUGGCCCAUAUCGAUGCAGGUAAAACAACAACUACUGAACGAAUGCUUUUCUUUGCUGGCUCAAUUAAACAAAUGGGAGAAGUCCAUGAUGGAAAUACGGUGACGGAUUUUAUGUCCCAAGAAAGGGAAAGGGGGAUUACAAUUCGAUCAGCUGCUGUUACUUUUUCUUGGCGAAAGCAUCAAGUAAAUUUGGUUGAUACUCCAGGUCAUAUUGAUUUUACAAUGGAAGUAGAACAGACUUUGAAUGUUUUGGAUGGUGCUGUUAUUGUUCUUGAUGGUUCAGCAGGUGUGGAAGCGCAAACUGUGACUGUUUGGCAACAAUCCUUGAGGUAUAAAAUUCCAAAAAUCGUUUUUGUCAAUAAAAUGGAUAGAAAGGAUGCUGAUUUAAUGAUGUCGUGUAAUUCUUUAGUAGAAAAAAUGCGUGUUAAACCUGUUUGUUUGCAAAUGCCAUUAAUACAUGACAAAAAAUUUAUUGGUGUAAUCGAUGUAUUAACAAUGGAAAAAUUAACGUGGGAACAAGGAAAAAUGCGAAGAAGUGUGAUUGGGAAUGAUUGCCCAAAAACGUUACAAAGUGUUAAAGAAGCUAGAGCUAAAGUUGUUGAUACCGUUUCAGGGUGUGAUGAUGAAUUAGCUUCAAAAAUUAUUGAAAGUGAAAGUUUGGACAAUGCUCCUACACCACUGGUUGUUAAUGCAAUAAGAAGAGCUACAAUUUCUGAGAAAAUUAUACCAGUAUUCUGUGGAAGUGCCUACAAAAACAUCGGCAUUGAACCACUUUUAGAUGCGGUAAUAAUGUACCUUCCAUCUCCAAAAGAAACCAAACAAUACUUUCAACAUUUUGGUGAAAAUCUUUGCGCGAGAGCUUUUAAAAUAGUUCACGAUAAACAACGCGGACCGGUAACUUUUUUUAGGAUUUAUUCUGGUAAUUUUAGUAAAGGUCAAAAAACAUAUAACAUUCAAAAAAAUCUCACGGAACAAACCGGUAAAGUUAUGGUGACCUUUGCGGAUGAAUAUAAAGAGGUGGAAUCAUUGGGUGUGGGAAAUAUCGCUGCUAUAACCGGAUUAAAACAUUCAACAACUGGGGAUAUGAUUACAAGUUCAGCGACAGCAGCACAAGCGGCGAAAAAAUUAAUGGGAUCGAAAGAUGGUUCGGUAGACAUCAAUGAUAUGUUUAGUAAAGGACCAAAAGUUCCUGAAGCUGUGUUUUUCUGUUCGGUUGAACCGCCCUCUUUAUCGCAACAGGCGGCUUUAGAAACUGCUUUAACUCAAUUACAACGUGAAGAUCCUAGUUUAAGGGUUAACCAUGAUCCAGAUACUAAUCAAAUUAUUCUUGGAGGAAUGGGAGAGUUGCAUUUGGAAAUAAUCAAGGAUAGGCUUUUAAAAGAGUAUAAAGUUGAAGCGACAUUAGGAAAGUUACAAAUUUCUUAUCGCGAAGCUCCGUUAGAUAAAGCAACAUGUGACAUUACGACCGAAACGAAAAUUGGAAAUAAUAAACAUUUCGUUUCGAUUUCUUUGUCUAUUAUUCCGAAACAAAACGAGAAUGAUGAAAAAGUUAUUUUAAUCCUGGAUAGAACUUCAGAAGCUGCAAGUAACAUUGCGUGUAUUCUCCCGAAACAUUUAGUUGCUGUUCGACAUGGAAUAAUUGUUGGAUUGAUGCAUGGACCCAAAAUUGGAUAUCAGGUUAUGAAUUGCCAAAUAAUGUUACAUAUGUUGAAUGUUGUAAAAGGAACAACAGAUUUUGCAAUUGAAGCAACUGCCACCCAAUGUGUUCAAAAGCUUUUAAAACAAGCAAAAACAUCGAUUCUGGAACCAAUAAUGUUGCUUGAAAUAAUUUGUCAAGAAGCUCACGUGCCUAGUAUAAUGGGAGAUUUAUCAAAGAAACGCGCCGCCAUUCGCAACGUUUCUAUAAGAUCUUGUGGGAGCAAAGUUAUUACAAGUGAAGUACCCCUUUCGGAAUUAUUUGGGUAUUCAACAUCUUUAAGAAUAAUAACUUCAGGUACUGCAACAUUUACCAUGGAAUUUUUGGAGUAUAGAGCGUUAUCGCUCAUAGAAGAAAAUAAAGUUAUAGAAAAAAUAAGAGGGUUUUAAUAAAAAACUUUAAAUAUUUAGGUAAA